AUGCUCCUUCUGGUGCCUCUAUUGGGCCUGGGAUGGGCCACAAAUGCUGCCGUUGUUCUAUCGUAUAGCAAUUUCACCACAAAUAUUAAUACUCGUGACACAUCUGAAUAUCGUUCCGUUGCUUAUUUUGUCAACUGGGCUAUCUAUGAACGCAGAUUUAACCCUCAAGACCUUCCUGCUGAUAAAUUAACUCACGUUUUGUACGCAUUUGCCAAUGUCCAUCCAGACACAGGGGAAGUUUAUCUCUCAGACUCUUGGGCAGAUAUCGAAAAACGCUAUCCUGGGGAUUCCUGGAAUGACACAGGCACAAAUGUUUACGGAUGCGUCAAGGAGCUUUUUUUACUUAAACAAAAGAACCGAAAGCUUAAAGUUCUUCUAUCUAUUGGGGGUUGGACUUACUCGAGCAACCUUGCCAGCUCGCUGAGCACAGCCACUGGUAGAGCAACAUUUGCUUCCUCUGCAACGACCUUGAUAAAGGACCUUGGAUUUGACGGGAUUGACGUUGACUGGGAGGUAUUCCCUGACGAUAGCACCCAAGCUGACAACCUGGUCUCCACUCUGCGCCAACUGCGCUCGACCUUGGAUGCAUACAGUGCGGCCAAUGCAAAUAACUAUCAUUUCUUGAUAACGGUAGCAUGCCCCGCGGGUCCAAAGAACUUCCAGACACUUCAUUUGUCCCAAAUGGACCAGUACUUGGACUUUUGGAAUCUCAUGGCCUAUGAUUAUUUCGGAAGCCAGGACACUGUGGCCAGCCACGAUGCAAAUAUUUAUGCGUCAACUAGCAACCCAGCCGCUACGCCUUUCAAUACAGACCAAGCAAUUGCCUACUAUACUUCCAACGGCGUCCCAGCGUACAAAAUUGUGUUAGGUAUGCCCCUAUAUGGUCGAUCGUUCAUGAACACGCAUGGGCCUGGUACUAGCUACAAUGGAGUUGGGAGUGGCAGCUGGGAAAAUGGUGUAUGGGACUAUAAAGCGUUACCCCUAACAGGCGCAUCUGUAAACUACCUCCACCAGCCCAUUGCAAGCUACAGUUAUGAUUCAUCGCAGCAAAUGAUGAUUACCUAUGACAGUCCCCAGGUCGCGCAAGCGAAAGCAGAGUACAUCCGAGCUAAUGGUCUGGGUGGCGGAAUGUGGUGGGAAAGCAGCGCCGACAGUAAUGGAUCAGACAGUCUGAUUACUACGGUUUUCAAUUCAUUUGGCGGUAGCAAUGCAUUGGACCAGAGCGAGAAUCAGCUGAGUUACCCAGUGUCGUCGUAUGAUAACUUGAGAUGUGGUUUCCCGGGUGGCUAG